GUUUUAUUUCAAUCUCCCCAAAAUCCAACAGAAUGUGCUGCUGUUUCUCACCUCGUGGGGAACACGUCGAGCAAGUCAAGAAAAUCUCACAGCAGGAAAUCGAUGCAAUGAAAGAAAUUCACAAAUCUAACGGUAAUCGAGCACCCGUUCCUGCUGGUCUGGGUACUGCUCGGAAUCGUUCGAGAAGCAGCGGCAGCAAUCCUGGACGAACAGAAUAUCCAAAUCGACUAUCACAAAGCGGAUCCAGUCAUGGCGGAUAUGGAAGUAGUGAUAGAGAAUCGAGAGUUUAUAACAAUGAUAGGAAUACUUCUCAUGAAUAUGGUCAUGGUGGAUAUGGUAGCAUUGACAAAGACCCGAGAGUUCAUAACAGCGAUAGGAACAAUGCCACUCAUGAAUAUGUUCAUGGUGGAUAUGGCCAGCGAGGUCGCUCGGAACCACCAUUGGGAAAUAAAGCGCUGCGGAGCGGAUUGGGAUCUACACCGCGGUAUACACCUAGAGACCUUGAGUACCGGAGAUGAACAGAGCAUAUUUAAGUGAUACGGAAUUUCCCGUUGUCUUUUCGAGAGAAGAAUCAAAAUUCAAGAAAAAAACA